AGUAUCCGACAUUCUGACCUCUCUGCAAAGACCUGGACUGUCGUCCACUCCCAGAGGCCAGAGCUCCUUUCCUUCCAAAACUGUGAACUUUCCCUUCCCCCAACUCUAUCCCUCUCUAUGUGCGCCGUAACUUAAGAAGUGAAGAAAGAAGCAAAACAAACCCUAAAAGAAACCCAGAAGUUCUUCAAAAUUUUCCUUCCCACUACCUAGAAAAAGCACUUUUUUUGUUGUUGUCCAAAGUCUCACCAAUCUCAGACCCGUCUCUCUAUAUUCCUUGCUGUUUUGUUGGAAAAGAACCUCCACAACCACAAGAAAGAACUCAUCUUUAGUUCCAUUCGUUACAUCUUGUCCCCCUACUCCUCUCUCUCUCUCUUUCUCACACAUAUGAACGUGUUCUUGUAACGUAGCCAAAAGAACCCAUUUUUCUGUGAGAGGGAAAGAUGUCAGAUAAAAAACCCGUCUUCCAGAACACUCUCUACUUGCUGCUUUUGCUCUUAAUCUCGGCCAAUGUAGGUCUUGUUACCUGCAAGUCCACUAUUGAGCCCUGCUCCAACUCCGGUUCGUGCAAUGCCCUGCUGGGCUACACCCUCUACACCAAUCUCAAGGUUUCCGAGGUGGCAUCCCUUUUCCAAGUCGACCCCAUUGCCAUCCUGAACGCCAAUGCCAUUGAUAUCUCCUACCCGGACGUGGAGAACCACAUUCUCCCCUCCCAGCUCUUCCUCAAAAUCCCCAUCGCCUGUUCCUGCGUCGACGGCAUUCGCAAAUCGGUCUCCACCAAGUACAAGACCCGCCCCUCUGACACGCUGUCGUCCAUUGCUGAUUCCAUAUAUUCGGGAUUGGUCUCUGCCGACCAGAUUGGGGAGGCCAACUCGGUGACGGACCCGUCUGUCCUCGACGUGGGACAGACCCUUGUGGUGCCGCUCCCGUGUACUUGCUUCAACGGGACCGACAAUGCCCUGCCCGCUAUCUAUUUGUCGUACGUGGUGAGGCCGGUGGACACAUUAGCCGGGAUUGCGGCGAGGUAUUCGACCACUAUUACUGAUUUGAUGAAUGUGAAUGCCAUGGGGAGUACAGCUAUUAAGGCAGGAGAUAUACUUGCUGUUCCGUUGCCAGCCUGCGCAUCUAAUUUUCCAAGAUAUUCCUCGGAUUAUGGCUUGAUUGUACCAAAUGGAAGCUAUGCCAUUACAGCGAGUCAUUGUGUUCAAUGCAGUUGUGGGCCUGGGAACCUCAAAUUGUACUGCAUGCCUUCUUCGUUAGCAGUUUCUUGUUCAAGCAUGCAAUGUCGAAACAGUAACCUCAUGCUUGGAAACACCACGGUGCAGCAGACUAGUGGUGGGUGCAAUGUUACUUCUUGUAGUUAUGGCGGUUAUGUCAAUGGGUCCAUUAUCACUAGUUUGUCUACAUCUCUUCAACCUCGUUGCCCGGGGGGCCAGCAAUUUCCUACACUUAUAGACCCACCCACUUCAGUGGUACGGGAUUCAAUGUUUGCGCCUUCGCCUUCACCUCAGUCUGAUAGUGCUGGAACAACACCCAAGUCUUCGGUGGUUCCCACUACGGCUGGGUCACUUCCAGGACUUCCCCCCGCCGCCAACAGUCCUAUUGGGAGUACUUCUCAUGCUUGCUCCUUGAGGAAGUCGUUAGCCACUUUUCCACGUGCACUUGUCAUGCUUUUGUUUGUCAAGUUCUUAUUGUCCAUGUCAUUGUAAUUUUGCUGAUAUGCUGUAUGCCUUCAUGGUGGCACGGUGAGUGUUCUGCCUGGUUAUUUUUUUGACUGGUCCCUGUUGUCUUCCAUAUGCAACUCUUAUUUAUGUGUUUGUAUUAUUAAACUGAUUUGUGGAUGUGGUGGACUCUGUUUUCUGGA